GUAAGUGACAUGUCUGUCGAGGAUUACAUCACUGCAACUUCUGCAAAGCACCCUAUCUACAUGCCCCACACUGCUGGGAGGUACCAACAAAAGAGAUUUAGAAAGGCCCAGUGCCCCAUUGUUGAAAGGUUGACCAACUCACUCAUGAUGCAUGGACGGAACAAUGGAAAGAAGUUGAUGGCUGUUCGCAUUGUUAAGCAUGCUAUGGAGAUCAUCCACUUACUGACAGACCAGAACCCAAUUCAAAUUAUAGUUGAUGCUGUGAUCAACAGUGGGCCAAGGGAAGAUGCAACCAGAAUUGGUUCUGCUGGUGUUGUGAGACGUCAAGCAGUUGAUAUCUCACCUCUUCGCCGCGUUAAUCAAGCAAUAUAUCUCCUUACAACUGGUGCUAGGGAGAGUGCAUUUAGGAACAUUAAAACCAUAGCUGAAUGCCUUGCUGAUGAGCUCAUCAAUGCUGCGAAGGGGUCUUCUAACAGCUAUGCGAUAAAGAAGAAGGAUGAAAUUGAGAGAGUGGCAAAGGCCAAUCGAUGAGGGAGCUGAUGCAUAUCCAGGACAGCAGUUUUGUUUUGUCAUUUUCUUUUUUAGGACGUUUUAACAUGAUGGAUUUUGUGGUUUUCUUUUUUCUUUUCCUAGAGAAACCCGGAGGACCAAUUGUAUGAUCCUGACUGCAGUUUUGUGGUUGGAUAUCCUUGAGUUAAUUCCAUUUCUUUUUGUUAUGAUUU